CAAUGAGUAAUGGAUCUGUGAAAGACAUUUUGAAAGAUAAAAAGAAAGUUAGAUUUGUUGCUGAGAGUGCUUUUAAAUAAGUUGAUAAAGAUGGUAAAAUUAUAAGAAUUUAUAUAUAAUAGGUAGUGGUUAUCUUGAAAGACCAGAACUAGAAGAAGUGAUGAAUAAUGUAGCAGCAGAUUUAGGAGUUGAAGUAAAUAUAAUAACUAUUAAAUUUAUAGCCACCUACAAGUGAAGAAAUUGAUGAAGUAUUAAAAGAAUUAGAUGAGAAUGGAGAUGGAAAAUUGUCUAUUGAUGAAUUUUAAGUUUUAAUUGAAUAGGUUCUAGAGAUGAUGGCAAAAGUAGAAGGUUGAA